UUCUCUAAGCUGUUGUUGACCAAAAAUAAAACCAGCACAGGAGAUAAGAAGAGAGCAUGAUAAGCGCAUACUACUCAUCAUCACUGAGAUUCUUUCUUCGCACCAUUUUUCUUCUUCUCUUCCUCUCUUUAAACUUGUUCAACACUUUUGCUUCUCUUACACCGAACCUGUGCCCUCCAGACCAAAGAGAUGCACUACUUGAGCUCAAGACGGAGUUCAAGAUCCGCAAGCCUGAUGAGUUUCUUGAUUAUGAUGGUAACACCAUGAACGUCACUUCUUACCCCAAGACAGAAUCAUGGGCAAACAGUAGCAGUGACUGUUGUAACUGGGACGGUGUCACGUGCGAUACCAAGUCAGGCAAAGUGAUCGGUCUAGACCUCAGUUGUAGCUGUCUUCACGGUCGGCUAGAAUCCAAUUCAAGUCUUUUUCGACUGCAACAUCUGAAAAAUCUGAACCUUGCUUACAACAACUUCACUCUUUCUCCAAUCCCAGAUAAGUUCAAUAAACUCAUGUGGUUAGAAACAUUGAAUCUCUCUGAAUCUUCACUGAAAGGUCAUAUUCCGACAGAACUUCUUCAACUGACCAAUCUGGUGUCUCUUGAUCUUUCUGCUUCUUCCUCUGCUCCUAAUACCUACUUCGCACCUCCUCCAAGUUUGCUCUUGUCCAUUAAAAACCCACCAUUGUUUCUCCCUCUACUUGCUCAAAAAUUGAGUAACCUUAAAGCGUUGGAUAUGAGCUCUGUAAACAUUUCUUCAGAAAUCCCCCAAGAGCUUUCUUACAUGUUUUCUCUAAGAUCUCUACAUCUUAAGAACUGUUACCUGAUGGGAGAAUUUCCUAGAAGUGUUUUCAUGAUACCGAACUUACAGUCCAUUAAACUAGACCACAAUCCAGAUUUGAGAGGGGAGCUUCCUGUGUUUACUGUAAACAACUCUAUGCUGGUCUUAAGUCUUAUGGAAACAUCUUUUUCAGGUACCAUAUCUGACUCCAUCAGCAACCUCAAAGAUUUAGUUUCUUUGACACUUGCAGAAUCCAGAUUCUCUGGGAAGAUCCCAUCUUCACUUGGAGAGCUUUCUAACCUCUCAAGCCUCCUUCUUGGUUCGAAUGAUUUCACUGGUGAAGUCCCAUCUUCAAUUGGGAAUCUAAAACAGUUGACCAUCUUUAGCGUUGGGUUUAAUAAGCUCAGGGGAAACUUUCCAUCUCGACUUCUCAACUUGACCAAACUACGUGGCAUCGAUCUCGGUUCCAACGAGUUCACAGGUUCUCUUCCACCUAACAUUGGCCAACUCUCCAAACUGGAAGCCAUUUUCGUCGGUGGUAACUCUUUUACAGGAUCAAUCCCUGCAUCUCUAUUCCAAAUCUCUUCACUGACACACAUCUAUUUGGAGGACAACCAAUUCAGUGAUAUCUUUGGGUUAGAGAAUAUCUCUAUGUUACCUAAUUUACAGUUUCUCUUCCUUCACUCGAAAAGUUUCAGAAUCAGUAGUCCUCUUGAUUUAAAUCUCUUCUCUUCUCUCAAACAGCUAGUAGGACUAGCUCUCUCAGGCAUCCCUCUUUCAACAACAAACAUCACUUCUGACUCGGAUUUUUCGAGACAGUAUCGAUACUUGUAUUUGUCAGACUGCAACAUCUCUGAGUUUCCUGAGUUUAUAAAAGACCAAAGAAAUCUGGAUUCUCUAGACCUUUCCAACAACAAUAUCAAAGGUCAUGUACCAGAAUGGUUAUGGAGACUACAAGAGUUGCAAGUUGUGAAACUUUCUAACAACUCCUUAAACGGUUUUGAUGGAUCCUUGAAAACUGUACUUGGAAGUCAGAUAAAUGUGCUAGAUCUAAGCUUGAAUGCUUUCCAAGGGCCACUCUUCAUCCCAUCUACAUCUAUAACCUACUUGUUUGCCUCUAACAACAACUUCACUGGAGAGAUAUCUCAGUUGAUAUGUGGAAUAACCUCUCCUACCAUCAUUGAUCUAUCAAACAACAACUUCCACGGCUACAUUCCUCGGUGUUUAGGGACGUACAUGAGUUCUCUUACGGAUCUAAAUCUUCGUAACAAUGUCCUCAGAGGAAGUCUUCCAGACAUGUUUAUACACGCCAACAAGCUAAGGUCCAUUGAUGUCAGCCACAACAGAUUGGAUGGGAAACUCCCUUCAUCUCUUACCGGUUGUUCCGCUCUUGAAGUUCUAAACGUGGAGGGAAACGAAAUCAACGAUACAUUUCCAUUCCAGUUGAGUUCAUUGCAGAAGCUACAAGUUCUUGUCCUCCGGUCAAACAAGUUUCAUGGCAUGUUACAUCAGUCCAGUGGGGUUUGGUUCGGAUUUACUGAGCUGAAAAUCAUUGAUGUAUCACAUAACGACUUCCACGGCACGUUGCCAUCUGAUUACUUCCUGAACUGGACUGCAAUAUCUUUGAAGAAAGAUAGCACACAGCUGCGCUACAUUGGGGAUUUUCAUGACUACGGCUACUACACUUCGGUUGUGUUGAUGAAUAAAGGAGUAUCAAUGGCAUUGGAGCGGAUCCUCACAAUCUACACAGCCAUAGACUUCUCUGGAAACAGGAUCCAUGGACAAGUACCUGAAUCUGUAGGUCUAUUGAAGGAGCUUCAUGUUCUCAAUUUGUCAAGAAAUGCUUUCACCGGACACAUCCCAUCGUCUUUGGCAAACCUCACGGCGUUGGAAUCACUGGACCUAUCACAAAACAAGCUUUCUGGUGAGAUCCCUCCAAAGCUUGGGGACCUCUCUUCUCUUGGGUGGAUAAACGUUUCGCAUAAUCAGCUGGAAGGUUCAAUACCACAAGGUACACAGUUUCAACGACAAAACUGCUCUGCCUACGAGGGAAACCCUGGACUUUAUGGUCCUUCCCUUAAGGAUAUUUGUGGAGAUAUCCAUACGUCAACAUCACCGCCAGUGUCAGAAGAAGAAGAAGAUGAAGAGGAAAUUUUUAGUUGGGUAGCAGCAGGGAUAGGCUUUGCACCCGGAAUUGUAUUUGGAUUGACCAUCGGAUACAUAGUGGCUUCAUACAAGCAUGAGUGGUUGAUGAAGAUCUUUGGCAGAAACAAUCACUCAUUGGCUCAUCGAUCUCACUCUCCUAAACAUUGUUAUUUUGUCUCAUAAAGUUAUUGUAUUCAGUAUCAUGUUAU